AUGCCCGACGACACGUCCGAACAGGGCGACCGGCUGCUCCGACCGCCGCUCGACCACGUGCACGAGUGGAGAGCGGGCGAAGACGGACCUGGCGCACAAGAGACCGGCUCUGACAGCGACGAAGAACACGCACAAUGGCCGCCGGAAUCGCGCCGGCCGCCGUCGCGAUGGCAACGCUUGUGCCGGGCGCUUGCCACCGUCCGCCAGAUCGUCAUGCCGGCCUUGGCCAUACUCACAGCCCUGGCUGUCGUGAUGGCCCUGUUUCUUCUCCUCACCGGCGGCAGCCUGUCCAUGCCGGCGUAUGACACCGAUACAAACGCUCCCAAAGCACGCCCUACGGCAAAGGAUCCCGUCAUUGUCCUCCACCCCGAGGACCAUAUCCAUCGUGAGCCACAGACUAUCCAUCUGUCGUGGAACAUCACCAAGAGCCGCAUUGCGCCCGACGGCGUCUUCCGGGACGUCGUUUUGAUUAAUGGCGAGUUCCCCGGCCCGACAAUCGAGGCCCGCACCGGCGAUACUCUCGUCGUCACCGUCACCAACUCGCUGGUCGACGAGGGUCUGUCGCUGCACUGGCACGGCCUACACAUGCGUGGCGCCAACCACAUGGACGGCCCUGUCGGCGUCACGCAAUGUGCGAUCCCGGCCAACGGUGGCUCGUUUGUGUACCAAGUACCGACGGGCGACCAGGCCGGCACGUUUUGGUACCACUCGCACUCGGAGAUGCAGCGGGCAGACGGCCUGUAUGGAGGGCUGGUUGUGCACGCCCCCACAGACACCCCGGCUGCCGCCGCCGUCGACAAAGAAAUCCUCCUCCUCGUCGGCGACUGGUACCAGUUCUCCGGCAAGACGGUCUUUGCCGAAUUUCAGGACCCCACGAGCAACGGCAACGAGCCCGUGCCCGGGUCGGUGCUCAUCAACGGCCGCGGCGCGUUUGACUGCGGCAGGGCGACCAAGGCGGCGCCCGUGGACUGCCACGCCGUCGAGCUGCCACCGCUGCGCCUCGACACGCGGCUGCGGUACCGCGUGCGGCUGGUCAACGUGGGCGUGCUGACGGGCAUCUCGACCACCGUGCCGGACGCGCGCAUCGACGUGCUGACCGUCGACGGGGGGCUGCCGGUGGUCCUGCCGGACGAUGCCAAGGCGGUCGCGGCCAACUCCAUUGGCGUCGUCUACCCUGCCCAGCGUGUCGACUAUGUGCUGUCGUGGCCAGACGCCGGCGCAACCGGCGACGGCACGCAGCUUGUUGUCACCGUCGACGGCGAGUACUAUGUCGGCAACUGGCAGGACCCGCCGUCGCAGACGUUUGCGAUUGGGGCAGCACCCUCGACCCAGAGAAGAGCAACGCGACCCGUCCAGCGCGCCGCCUCGCCGCCGCCGCCGUCCUCCCAGGCCACCCGGGCCGUCGACCUGCGCACGGUCCGCGGCACCGCCCUCGGCACGCCCCUGCCGCCGCCGGACAGGCUCUACAUGAUCUUUGCCGUCGUCGAGAUCCUGUCCCACAACAGGUUCAUCCCCAAGGGCUACAUCAACCACACCAUGUGGGUUCCCCAGGAGCGGCCGCUGCUCAGCCUCGACCGCAGCGCCUGGGACAGCCACCAGCUCGUGCCCUGGACCGGCGCCGCGCCGGCCUGGGUCGAGCUCACCAUCAACAACAUCGACACCCAGGGCCACCCGUUCCACCUGCACGGCUUCGACUUUUACGUCGUCGGCAGCCACGAGGGCCUCGGCGGCUGGGACUACUACAACCCCUUUUUUGUGCCGUGGAAGCCGCCCCGCGGCGGACCCAUGAACACGCUCGACCCUGUGCUGCGGGACACCGUGUACGUGCCGCCCUACGGCUAUGUCAUCCUGCGCUUCCGCGCCGACAACGAGGGCAUCUGGGUGCUGCACUGCCACAUUCUGUGGCACCAGGCGAGCGGCAUGAACAUGGCCUUCCAGGUGCUGGGCCACAGCGAGCACGGCCUGGGCGGCACGCCCCAGAGUUUCCGGGCGGCCGAGUACUGCCGGACGCGUAAAGAGAAGCAUCCGCACUUGUAG